GUCUGACGGACAGUAGUUCGGUGUGGCACUGUUUGUUGCGAGGCGAGGGAAGAAAGAGAGGAGAAAACUGCACAGGAUCUGUGGAGUUUUCCAGAUUCCUCCCGCCUGUCUGAUCAUCUUGGUGAAGGAAAUAAUGGACUUUUGGGAGAAGCUCUAGAAUCCUACAGUUCUUCCCAUGGGCCUACCGUAGGGCUGUUUACCAGUGGAAGCAAGGGAAAGGGGGAGACUGGCCUGGAACCAUGAAGAUCUACCUGCAGGUCUGCUGUAGGGCUUGAGAUCACUGAAAGCAAAAAAAUAAGGAAGAAAUUGCCCCUGAUCUGUAGAGACGGGUCCGCAGAUCUCAUGAGUUUAUAGAUCUACUUUAGGGUGUGUCACCAAUCAAGAGAAGGAAAGAGGAGGGAACUGCAUCCAUCAUUACAGGUCCACCUCCAGUGGCAGCCGUAGUGGCCUUUGAGUUGCUGAAGACCAACACCCUCACAGGCCUACACCCAGACCUACUACCCUCUUUCCCCAGCCUGAUUGAGCCCCCCUGUACCUUGUUCGUGCCUUCAGGAGGGGUGAUUACAUGGGUCGCAUUCAGGAAGUGGGCUGGGUGGCUGCAGGACUGGUGAUCUGGGCUGGUACCUGCUACUACAUUUACAGAUUAACCAAGGGAAGAGCCCAGAGUGUGAGGAGACUUGCCAGAAAUGGGUCCAGAGUCAAGAUGGAGACUGUGGUUGGUGUGCAGAACCAGACCUUGGCCGUGAGUGAAGCCAUGACUGAGACAGAGAUUGAGACUAGACCCAAGUCCAAGUCUGGAGCAGAAACUGGAGAAGGAGGUGGGGUUGGAGCUGAAGUAGGGACUAAAGCCACUGCUAAAGCCAGACCCAAAGCCAGAUUUCAGGCCGAGGCAAUGGCUGGGGUGGAGACAGAGACCCAAUCUGAGGCCAAAACAGUAGUCGGAACAGUGGUCAUGACAGAGCUAGUGACUCUGACUGAGGCCAAGGCCAAAGCCAAGGAAGUGGCCAUGAAAGAGGCAGUAACCCAAACUGACUCUGAGGCUGGGAGAGUAGUCAAGAAGGAGGCAGUGACCCAGACCAAAGCUAAAGCUUGGACAUUGGUUGCCAAGGCAGAGACCAAGAAAGAAGCAAUGACUCAGACCAAAGCAGAAGCUCGUAUAUUGGCUGAAAAAGAGACAGAGGUGAACAGAGUAAUGGUGACACAGGGUAAGGCCUUGGCAGUGACCAGGGAAGUGGCCAAGAUGAGUGCCAUAAACAAGACUGAAACUGUGGCUGAGACCAAGGCAAAAGCCCUGGAAGAGACUAUGAGUGUGGCCAAGACUCAGUCUGAAGCCAGGCGUGGUACCACAAUUGAUAAUAAGGGAAAUUCUAAUACCAUGUCCAGGGCAGAAGCUGGAGUGGAUGUGAGGUCCUGUGCACCGUCUCAUACUGUGGCCAAGAUUCAGGAUGAUGACAUGCCUGGUGCUGGGGUUGAGGCUAAGGGGAAUUGCAAAACUUUGUCUCAGGCAGGGUCUGGGGCAGACAUGAGGCCUUCUGCCCAACCUCAGAUUGUAGCCAAGGCCCAGGCUGAGGCCGUGUCUGGGGCAAGGGGUGAUGCUGGGAGUAAUACCAAUGCCAUGUGUAAGGCAGGGGCUGGGGCAGGUAUGAGAGCUUCUACACAACCUCAGACUGUGGCCAAGAAACAGGCUGAGGCAAUAUCUGGUGUCAAGGUGGAUGGCAGGGGAAAUACUAGUGUCACAUCUAGAGCAAUGAUUGGAGCUGACAUGAGGGCUGCUGCUGAGCUUCAAGCUGUAAGCAGUCCCCCGGCUGAGGCUAUACGUGACGCCAAGGUUAAGGGUAGAAGCAAUUCCAAUGCCAUGUGUAAAACAGGGGCCAAGGCAAACGUGAGGGCCAAUUCCCAGGCUGAGACCUUGCCUAAUGCCAGAGAUAAGAGCGGAGGCAAUCUCAAUGCCAUGUAUAAAGUGGGGGCUGGGACAGACAUUGAGUCCUAUGCACAGCCUCAGUCUGUGACCAAUGUUCAGGCCAAUGCCUUGCCUGAUGGCAAAAUUAAGGCUAACAGCAAUGCCAACACCAUGUCUAAGGAAGGGACUGGGACAGACACAAAGACACAGUCUCAGGCUUCCACCAAGAGCCAGACUGAGGCCUUACCUAGUACUAGAGGUAAGACUCGGGGCAAAGCCAAAGGCAAGUGUAAGGCAGGGGUCGGGACAGACACAAAAAUCUGUGCACAGCCUCAGGCUGGGGCCAAGACCCAAGCUGAUGCUUUGCUUGAUUCCAGGGUUGAUGGCAGGGGUGAUUCUAAUGCCAUUUCUAGGGCAGGGGCUGAGGCAGAACAGAGGGUCUGUGGUCAGCUCCCAGCUAUGGCCGAUUCCCAGGGUGAGGCCUUGCCUGGUGCCAAGAAUAAGGUCAGGGGGGGUCCCAAUGCUGUGUCCAAGGCAGAGACUGGGUCAGAUACAAUAGGCUCUACGCAGACUCAGACAGAUACAAUGGGCUCUGCUCAGCCCCAGGCUGUGGCCAGCUCCCAGGGUGAAGCUUUGCCUGGGACUAAGGACAAGAUCAGUGGCGAUCCCAGUACUAUGUUUAAGGCUGGGGCUGGGUCAGAUACAACAGGCUCUGCUCAGCUCCACACUGUGUCUAAUUCCCAAAGUGAAGCCUUGCCUGGUGCCAGGAAGAAGGUCCGAGGCAAUCUCAAUGCUGUGUCCAAGGCAGGGGCUGGAGCAGAUAAAGUGGGCUCUGCCCAGCCCCAGGCUGUGGCUAAUUUCCAGAGUGAGGCUUUGUCUGGCACUAAGAAUAAGGUCAGGGGCAAUCCCAAAGCUGUGUCUAAAGCAGGAAUUGUGCCAGAUACAGUGGGGUCUGCCCAGACUCAAACAGAUACAAUGAGCUCUGCCCAGCCCCAGGCUGUGGCCAAUUCCCAGGGUGAAGCCUUGUCUGGUGUCAAGAAUAAGGUCCGGGGUAGUCCCAAUGCUGUGUCUAACACAGAGACUGGAGCAGAUACAAUGGGCUCUGCCCAGCCCCAGACUGUAUCUAAUUCCCAAGGUGGAGCCUUGCCUGGUGCCAGGAGUAAGGUCCAGGGCAAUCCCACUGCUGUGUCCAAAGCAGAAGCUGGAGCAGAUACAAUAGGCUCUGCCCAGCCCCAAGGUGUGUCUACUUCCCAGGGUGAAGCCUUGUCUGGUGCCAGGAAGAAGGUCCGGGGCAAUCCCAAUGCUGUGUCUAAGGCAGAGACUGGAGCAGAUACAAUGGGAUCUGCCCAGCCCCAGACUGUGUCUAAUUCCCAAGGUGGAGCCUUGCCUGGUGCCAGGAAGAAGGUCCGGGGCAAUCCCAAUGCAGUGUCAAAGACAGGGCCUGGGCCAGAUACAGUGGGCUCUGCCCAGCCCCAGUCUGUGGCCAGGUCCCAGGGGGAAGCCUUGUCUAGUACUAAGAAUAAGGUCAGGGGCAAUCCUAAUGCUGUGUCUAAGGCAGGGGCUGGGCCAGAUAUAACGGGCUCUGCCCAGGCUCAAACAGACAAAACAGGUUCUGCUCAGCCCCAGGCUGUGGCCAGUUCCCAAGCUGAGGCCUUGCCUGCUGUCAAGAAUAAGGUCAAGGGUAAUCCCAAUGCUGUGUCUAAGGCAGGGGCUGGGCCAGAUACAGUGGGCUCUCUCCAGCCCCAGGCUGUGGCUAACUCCCAGGGUGAAGUCUUGUCUGUUACUAAGAAUAAGGUCCGGGGCAAUCUCAAUGCUGUGUCUAAAGCAGAGACUGGGCCAGAUACAAUGGGCUCUGCCCAGCCCCAGGCUGUGUCUGAUUCCCGAGGUGGAACCUUGUCUGGUGCCAGGAAGAAGGUUCAGGGCAAUCCUAAUGCUGUGUCUAGAGCAGAGGCUGGAGCAGAUACAGUGGGCUCUGCCCAGCCCCAGGCUGUGGCCAUUUUAAAGGGUGAGGCUUUCCUUGGUACUAAGAAAAAGGUCAGGGGCAAUGCCCAGCCUCAAGCAGAUAAAACAGUUUCUGCUCAGCCUCAGGCUGUGGCCAGUUCCCAGGAUGAGUCUUUGCCUGGUGCCAAGAAUAAGGUCAGGGGGAAUCUCAGUGCCGUGUUUAAGGCAGAGGCCAGGGCAGAUACGACAGGCUUUGCCCAGCCCCAAGCUGUGUCUGAUUCCCAAGGUGAAGCCUUGCCUGGUGCCGGGAAUAAGGUCCGGGGCAAUCCUAAUAUUGUGUCUAGGGCAGGGGCUGGGCCAGAUACAACAUGUUCUGCUCAGACUCAGACAGUAGGCACUGCUCAUUCCCAAGUUGUGGCCAGUUCUCAUGGUGAGGCCUUGCCUAGUGCCAAGAAUAGGGUCUGGGGAAAUCCCAAUGCUGUGUCCAAGGCAGAGGACGGAGCAGAUACAAUGGGUUCUGCCCAGCACCAGGCUGUGUCUACUUCCCAAGGUGAAGCCUUGUCUGGUGCUAGGAAGAAGGUCAGGGGAAAUCCCAAUGCUGUGUCUAAGGCAGGGGCUGGGCUGGCUGCAACAGACUCGGCCCCGCCCCAAGCUGUGGCCAAUUCCCAGGUUGAUGCCUUGCUUGGUGCCAGGAGUAAGGUCAGGGGCAAUCUCAAUGCUGAGUUUAAGGUAGAGGCUGGGGUAGCUAUGAUGGACUCUGGCCAGCCUCAGUCCAUGGCCCAUUCCCAGAGUAAGACCUUGCCUGGGACAGCAGACAAGGCUAUACCUAAGUCUGAGGCAGAAGCCACAGGAGAAGAUGAAGCCUAUGCAAAGCCCAAGGCUAAGGCCAUGUCCACGUCUGAAAGUGAGGGUGGGACAGACACUCAGGCCUGCAGAAAGACUCAGCCUAGGGUCCAUGACUAUUACUGGAGUGGGAUUGGUAUUGAGGAUUGGAUUGCUUCUGAGCGAUGGAUCAAAUUUAGGUUUCAGGCCAGGGAUGGAUACUGGGAGAAUAGCAUGUCCUGGGCUGAUGAUGAGAAUGAAGCCAGUAUUGAGUCCUGGGGUGGGGCUUGUGAUGAGGUCAGCAUUAAGUCCUGGCCUGGGGCUAGGGCUGAGAGUGAGGUUAGUAUUGGAUUCUGGGCUGGAGCUGGGGACCAGGCCAGUGGGGGUAUCUGGGCUGGGAAUAAGGCAAGUGAAGAGUCCUGGGCUGGGGGCAAGCCCAGUGGGGGUUCUUGGGCAGAGGUUGGGGGCAAGGCCGUUGGAGGGUCCUGGACUGGGGCUGAGAACCAGGCCAGUGGGGGGUCUUGGGCUGCUACUGGGAACCAGGCUAUUGGGGAGCCCUGGGCUGGAGGUCAGGCCAGUGAGGGUUCCUGGCCUGGGGGCCAGGCCAGUGGAGUAUCCUGGGCUGGGGAAGAGGCCAUUGGAGGGUCCUGGACUGAAACUGAGAACCAGGUCAAUGGAGCGUCCUGGACUGGGGCUGAGGAACAGGUCAGUGGAAGGUCCCAGGAUGGGGCUGGAAUUCAGGCUAAUGGAGGAUCCUGGGCUGAACUUAGGGCUGGGAAUGUGGCUAAUAUUGGAUACUGGGCUGGAGUUGUGGACCAGGCUAGUGGAGGGACCUGGAUUGGGACUGGUGAUCUGUCUGGAGGGGGAUCCAAGCCUAGAUUUGAGGAUCAGGCCAGUGAAAAUGUGUCCUGGGCUGGGGCUGGUGGGCAGGCCAGUGGAGGGUCUAGGCUGGGGCCUGAGAACCAGUCCAGUGCUGUGUCCUGGGCUGGCACUGGAAACCAGGCCAAUGAAGGAUUCUUGGUUGGAGCAAUGGACCAUGCCAGUGGGGGCUCCUGGGCUGGGACUGGUGAUCAGUCUGCUGGUGGGUCCAAGCCCAGAUUUGAGGAUCAGAUUACUGAAGAAGGGUCUUUGGCUGGGGCUGGUGGCCAGGCUGGUAGAGUGUUCAGGUCAGGGCCUGAAGAUCAGUCCACAGGAAGGUCUUGGUCUGACUCUGAGGACCAAGCCAGUGGAGGGUUCUUGGUUGGGGCUAUGGACCAGGCCAAUGGAGGGUCCUGGACUGGACCUGGGGAUCAGGCUGGUGGUGGGGCAAAGCCUAGAUUUGAGGAUCAGGCCAGUGGAAGAAGGGCUUGGGCUGACAGUAGGGACCAGGCUGGUGGAGGGUCUAGGCUGGGGCCCAGGGACCAGUCCACUGGAGAUUCCUGGGCUAGUACUAAAGACCAGGCCAGUGGAGGGUCCAGGCUGGGGCCUGAGGAUCAGUCCAGUGGAUGGUUCUGUGCUUGCAGUGGGAGUCAGGCCAAUGCAAGAGGGUCCUGGGGUGGGGCUGGUGGCCAGGCCAUUGGAGGGUCUAGUCUGGGGCCCUUGAACCAGUCCAGUGGUGGGUCCUGGGCUGACACUGGGAGUCAGGUCAGUGGAGGGUCUUGGGCUGGGGCUGGGGAGCAGACUGGUAGCUGUCUCAAACCUGGCUUUGAAGAUCAGGCCAGUGGAGGAGGGUUCUGGUCUGGUGCUGAAAAUCAGGCUGUUGGAGGGUCUAGUUCAGGGCUGACAGAUCUGUCCAGUGGUGGGUCCUGGGCUGGCACUGGGAGUCAGGCCAGUGGAAGGUCCUGGGUUGGGGCUAGGGAUCAGGCUGUUAGCUGUUCCAAAACUGGAUUUGAGAGUCAGGCUGGUGGAGGAGGCUCCCAGGCUGGCACUGGGGAUCAGACUGGUGGAAAGUCCUGGGCUGGGUCUAGGCUGAGGCCUGAGGACCAGGCAAGUGGAGGAUCCUGGGCUAGGGCUGGGGACCAGGCCAGUGGAAGGUCCCAGAUCAGUGCUCGUACAGAGGCCAAUGAAGGAUCCUGGUUUGGGGCUGAGGGUGAGGCUAGUACAGGGUCCUGGUUCUGGAGAGGGGAAGAGGUUGGUAUUGUAUCCAGGCCUGGAGUUAAAAAUGAGGCCAGUGUUGAAUCCACAUCAGGGGCUGGGGAGGAGGCCAUCAUUAGUUGCAGAUUUGGGGCUAAGGACAAGACCAAUAUUGGGUCCUGGAUAAGAUCUGAAGAGAUGACCUGUAUGGAUUCCUGUGUGGGGCCUGAGGCUGGGCCUGUGGCUGGGGCUGAGGCCAGGAAAGAGUCUUGGCUCUGGGAUGGAAAUGCAACCACUACAGGUUCUAGGCUUGGGGCUGGGGAAAGGGCUGGCAUGGGGUCCUGGACUUUGGCUGAGGAUGUAGAUGAGGAUGAGCUAAGUAGAGCAUCCAGCCCUGAUAUUGAGGAGAUCAGUUUAAGGUCUUUGUUUUGGGCUGAAAGUGAGAACAGUAAUGAGUCCAGAUCCAAGAGUGAGAAAGAUAUCAAUUUUGAGCGUAAGGCUGGCAUCAAGGAUAAGCUUGAGGCUGCUGGUGGAGUUGAUGAAAGGUCCUGGUUCCGGGAUGGUAAUGAAAACAGAAGUGAGGACAAAUCUACACCUAACACUAAAGCCAAAAAGUCAGCUGAGUCAAGAGGCACAUAUCCAUCCAUGGUCCCAGGGGCAGGAAUGGGGUCAUGGGCAGGAGCCAUGAUCUGGACGGAAAUGAAAUUUCCAUACCAAAAUGAGUCCUGCUUCCCACCUGAAGAUGAGCUCAGAAAGCAGAUCAGGUCUGGGGAGAAAACUCAGCCCUGGGCCUGCCGCUGUAAACGCGAAGCUAACAUGGAUCCAAGAGAGCUUGAAAAACUCAUUUGCAUGAUUGAGAUGACUGAAGACCCUUCUAUUCAUGAAAUAGCCAAUAAUGCUCUCUAUAACAGUCCUGAUUAUCCAUUUUCCCAUGAAGUCAUUCGUAAUGCAGGCAAAAUCUCAAUUAUUGAAAGCUUGCUCAAUAAUCCCUACCCCAGUGUUAGGCACAAGGCUUUAAAUGCACUGAAUAACAUCUCAGUGGCUGCUGAAAAUCAUAGGAAGGUUAAAACAUACUUAAAUCAAGUAUGUGAAGACACCGUCACUUAUCCCUUGAAUUCAAAUGUGCAGCUGGCAGGACUAAGAUUGAUAAAGCACCUGACUAUUAUCAGUGAGUAUCAGCAUAUGGUUACAAAUUAUAUUUCAGAAUUUCUUCGUUUGUUGACUGUGGGAAGUGGAGAAACUAAAGACCAUAUUUUGGGAAUGCUUUUGAAUUUCUCUAAAAAUCCAUCUAUGACAAAAGAUUUGCUAAUUGCUAAUGCACCAACAUCACUGAUUAAUAUCUUUAGCAAGAAAGAGACAAAAGAGAAUAUUCUUAAUGCUCUUUCUCUAUUUGAAAAUAUAAAUUACCAUUUUAAAAGAAGAGCAAAAGUAUUUACCCAGGACAAGUUCAGCAAAAAUUCCCUUUAUUUUGUAUUCCAAAGGCCUAAAGCAUGUGCCAAGAAACUUCGAGUCUUAGCGGCAGAAUACAAUGACCCUGAGGUGAAAGAAAGAGUUGAGCUAUUAUUAAGUAAACUCUGAUUAGUUUUGUAUUUCCAAAAAAUUUGAGUAAUAUUUUGGUUUUGCAGCCUGGAAGUAAUGCACAUUGUAAAUUGCAUUAUAACUUCAAAACUCAUGUUACUUAUGAUGGUCUAUAGUUGGACCAUUUUAUGAACACCAAAUGAAUUCAAACUUGUACUGAAAAUACAUGUGUUGAUUUUUACUUUGUCUGGAUUGAGAUAUUUUUAGUAUGCUUCAUGAGCAGGAACUGAACUGAUUCUUCAUAAGUAAGGUAAUCUUUGGUCCUUUGUGUGGACUUAUGUUUAUACA